AUGAGUACGAUAAUCUAUGUGUCACUACAACUCUGUGUGUGUGUGUGUGUGUGUUAUGGCGGCGUGGUGAGGGACGCCACCGGUCUGCAUCACCUGUUUUUCAUCCAUUUCCCCGGCUCAAGACGCCUCAGCACUUGGCAAGAUGUCUAUGUCAGGAGCAGAAUACCUUGCCUCCAUCUAUGGCACAGAGAAGGACAAAGUCAACUGUUCCUUCUACAUCAAGACCGGAGCUUGUCGGCACAGUGAGAGGUGCUCCAGGAAACACAACAAACCACAGUACAGCCAGACAGUGGUAAUGCAGAACAUGUAUGUGAGUCAGCAGAAUUCAGCAAAGUCAGCAGAUGGCUCCCAUCUGGCCAACAUGAGCGACCAUGAGAUCCAGGAGCAGUUUGAGUACUUCUUUGAAGAUGUAUUUUUUGAGUGUGAGGAAAAAUACGGGGAGAUUGAGGAGAUGUGCGUGUGUGACAACCAAUGUGACCAUCUGCGCGGGAACGUGUACAUCAAGUUCCGACGAGAGGAGGAUGCUGUGAAGGCGGCCGAGGACCUCAACAACCGCUGGUACAUGUUUCGCCCCAUCUAUUGUGAUCUGUGUCCUGUUGCUGACUUCCGAGAAGCUUGUUGCCGUCAGUUUGAGAUGGGACAGUGUGGCAAAGGAGGUUUCUGCAACUUUUGGCACGUCAAGCCUAUUUCUCACCACUUGAAGAACCUGCUGGCACGCUCUUCCCGCUCCCGCUACCGCCAUCGCUCUCGCUCCCACUCCAGGUCUCGGGAGAGACACACAGAAAAGCACGAAGGUAAGCAUGAAGGUGGCAAGCACCGCCGCAGGUCGCGCUCUCGCUCUCGGGACAGGGAUCGUCGUGACCGCAGGGGUAGAUACUGAAGACAGUCCAGAGGUGCUGCCCUGCUUCCUAUGGAAAAUGUGGAAGAGUCUGUCAGCUCCAAGCACUGGUCAGUGUGCAUGGGGGUGUAUGGUGACUUAUGGAAGCGUAAUCAUUGACAUUUCUGAUAUUUCAUGAUGCAGUCUGCAACUUUAUAUUAAUAAUUUGUUGCAUAUUUUGAUGUGUUAUGAAGCCCUUUUUAGAUGGAAUAAAAGAAAAUUCUUGUG